AUCAACGAAGGCAGAAGCCAACUUACACAUCUGAAGUUGACCAUUUAUUUGAAUAAUUCUGGCAAAAAGCGCAGCCUCUCAGAGAGCAUGAAAGCUAUGGCUAGAGUGUGGCACUCUCUUGAUCAGGCACGAGGAAGAGGAAAACAACAUGAGGCUUGUCAGAUGUCUACAAAGAAGCUCACUCGUUUUAGAAUCUCACCAGCACUUCCACAUAAGAGAGAUAUUCUCUCAAGAACUCCUCAGCAGCCCAGUAACCUUCUGGAUGUUCUUGUAUCAGGAGGUACUGAAAGGAGUCAGAGGAAUUGUAUACGAAAAAUGGAAAAGUCACAGUCAUCACGGGAAUGUUACCAUGCACUCCAGUUUGAAAGCGAAGAUGAAGAUGGUUCAGACGCUCAUACCGCACCACUGGUCAUGAUGGAUAUAACUAAUAUGACUUCAGGUUCAUCUAUGAUUCAAGCUUCAUCUCAAGAAUGGCACAAGCCACAUCUUCAACCAGUUAAGAAGAGUCUUUUACCCUUGCUUAAAACAUGUUCAGGAAUUCAGAGACUACCUUAUCUUAGAAAUAUGCAAUCUGAGAAUAACACAUGCACUCCUCCACAUAGCAACCAAGAAAACGAGAGUUUAGCAAGAACUAAGAAGAGUUUAAUUAAAGCUGCUUUUGAAGGCAGUCAUUCAAAGAGCUCUCAGAUAAAUUCAUUGACAUUAAAAUCUACUGUUGAUUGUUUCAAGAGUAGUAAUUCUCAGCAAGUAUUAAAUUCAACCUCUAAAACUAUGAGUGAAUUAAAGGACAAUAAUGUGCAGUGGCAUGAAAAAGGAUCCUCAAAAAAAGUGACUUUUGCUGAAGAGCAGAUGCCUGUAAGAAAAGGGCUCAGGAGAAAGAGUGCUAGCGCAUUGUGUAUUCGAACACCCACACACAAAAAUGUUGGCAGAAAUUCAAAAGUUAAGAGGGCUUCAAAAUUACCCAUAUCCAAAAGGCUGCAAUUCAUUGACAGACCGGUACAAGAAACACAUAGCACACAUGCUAAACAGACAGUGUCUAAACCUACAGAGACUGGGGCAUCUCUGAAUGCAACUUUACCACGAAUUAUUGUAACUUCACCACAUGAAGUACGGGUAAUUCAGAACCAAGAUAUGAAAAAUAAUUGCAGUACUUGUCAGGUUGAUAAAUGUGAUGCAGCAGUCAACACAAAAAUCAGUUUUGCCUGUGGCUCAAGUCCUGAUGAGCAACUUAUAGCUAAAAUAGAAAAUCUGAAUAAGGAACAAGAGGAAAUAACUACAAAGGCAAAUCUGCUAUUGGAGCAAACUCGUGAAAGACGUCAACAAAUGAAGGAAUCGGGUAUAAUGACUCGUUUUGCCACUUCCAUAUCUCCUUUGAAAAGACUGCAAAAGUUGUUACAGGAUAUAGAUCAUUUUGUGGAAGAGAGAGAUUCGCCCACCUUAAGGAUAUUGGAUAAUUCUAUGGACAGGAAUGCAUUUCCUUAUGAGGCAUCAUUAAACAGUGACAUUAACUGUGCUGAUGAUAGCUCAAAUGCAGUUGGUCUGAUGGAUCCUAACUUGAGUGUUCAGGAAUGUAAUGUGUCUUACGGCAUUGCAAGUGACUCAUUUUGGAAUGAUUUGAAACGUGACAACAGAUUUUUACAAACACCAGGCAGAGCUAAAGCACACGAGUUUCAUCAGGAAAUGCCUAUGCAAACAGAUGAAGAAAUGUUCAGUGAAGAAAAUGAGCCAAAGAGUAAAUCGCCAGUUACAGAGUUAGAUGGUGAGUGUGAGAGGUCUUCACUAGUACCUAUGACUCCUCACACUCACCAACAAGUCUCAAAGUUAAAGUUAAAUUUAAAGAAACAGUUAGAACUGUUAUAUGAUUAAUUGCCACAAAGGUGGCUGGAUCAAUUGCAUACUAGUUUUCUAUAUUUUUUUUUAUCUUUAAAUUGUGUGUUGGAUAUAUUUUUUAACCCAUAUUCAGUUAUUGAUAAUAUACCAGAGGUCAAAAAUUUUAAUGAUCUAAGUAUUGUAAAGGAAAUGCAAGUAAUAAAGCCUAAAAAUACCCAGGAAUCCUGAAGUUACUAGUUCAGUAUGUAUAUACCAAAUAUAUAGACAUGUUGAAAUAUGAAUCUCGUCCUUGGUGAAAAAGUUUAUUAAUGUUUAUUAUAGUCAUCCUUGGAAAGGUUGGAGGGAGAGAAUAAAGGUUUAUAUGCAAGAGGCUUAGACAUCCAGGUAGCGUGUUAGAUAGGAGUGAAUGAAGGCAGGUGGUUUUUAUGACUUGUGCUGUUGGAGUGUGAGCAAGGUAACACAUGAAGGGAUUCAGUGAAAUUGGUUAGGCAGACGUGAGUCCUGGAAGUUGAAAGUAGUGCCUGCACUCUGAAGGAGGGUUAGUGAUAUUUGCAGUUUUGAAAUGUAGUAUCACCCCUCUGGCAACACAGUGAUGGAGUGAAUGAUGGUGAAAGUGUUUUUUUUUUUUAUAUGGGCCACCUUACCUUGGUGGGAGAUGGCCAGUUUGUUGGUUUUUUUUUUUUUUUUUUUUUUUUUUUUUUUUUUU